AUGGCUGCAAUGGACGCAAUGAGUAGUCAUGAUACUCAGGCGGGGGACCCUGGCGAUGAAGGGAAUCGGCUGAGUUUUUCGGAUAUGGAUAUGGAUAUGGACUGGCUCAGGUCGAUGAUACGAAUGGAUGAUCUCGAGUCCUUUAUCGCUUCGGGAGGCCUUGAUUUUGCUGACACUGUUCCUUCUACUUCAACGCAGGCUCCUGUGGAUGAUGCUGGAUUUUUGGACCCUCUAGACCACCACCUCGACCUCUCACAGAUUGGAUUCCCCCCAUCGACGAUCUCAGCGGAGGAUCUUCUGAUGCAGGUUGAUGGCGGAGCUUGGUUUCCGACAAACCCAGGGAAUGGGAUUACGCCGCGGAUAGAAGCCUAUGCAAAACUGGAGUUUCAUUAUGGACAAGAUUUUUAUCUGAGCGGGUUGAAUAUUGUUUUGGGCAGGCAGGACAAGGAGUCGAUUUCAUCCUUUUCUAAGAAGAAACGGAAAUCAGAGAAUCAUUUUGGAGAUAGUCUCCUUACGCUGGAUGAAGUUAAGGUUCCGUUGUUCCCGCCGCCGGAGAUAGAUAUCAGUUCGAUUUCAAGACGACAUUUACGGAUUCAAUACGAUUAUGAGACUUCAUCGUGGACGCUCACAUCACUUUGCGACACUGGGUUUAGGUUGGUGCGAGAUAAACAUAAAACCAGAGGGUACCCGAAUGGGAAAAGGGCUACACUGGAGAAUUCGGAUCUCAUCCAAUUUGGAAAUCUGGCUUUUACAUGGUUCUUACCCGACCAAGAUGAAUCGAAGUCUAAUGAGGUGGAAGAUGUUAAGAUGGAGGAUGUGGAUAUCCUUGGGGAAGGAGUGGUGCAGGAUAUCAGUGAUCUGGAUUCGGAUCAUGAUUCUGAUGAUGGAGAUGAUGAAGAUGAAGGAAGCGAUAUUGAUAGCCGGGAACAGAGUCAUGAUGUUGGAACGCCGACACCUAGACCUAAGGUUGAGGGCAUGGAUGAUUCGUCGCUCAUGCCUCCGCCGCCGACAAUCAAGAGAGGUCGCGGAAGACCACCGAAGAAUGGAAUUUCUGUCAGAGAGCAGAAACUACUUAAACGACAGGCGCAGGAAGAGUUCUUGGCUAACGGCGGUAAUGUUGCUGGUCUGGAUAUGACGAAGUAUGGAAGUUUACCGGUUGAUCAAUUAUUUGCGAGAGAAGGAGAGAAGAUGCAGAUGCAGAUGGUUAAGGAAGCUAAGCGGAAACAGAAGAUUGAAGAAAAAGAAGCGAAGAUUAGAGAGAAACAGGCGCAGAAGGAUCUCAAACCGGCGAAGAUACCGAAGGAGAGGAAACGGAAGAGGACGAAGUCUCCGCCGGCCCGUGAAGAAGACUAUACACCCGAGCAGCUGGCGAAACCACAGUUGCCGUAUACGGUUAUGAUUUAUGAUGCUAUCAAUAACUCUGAGAAGAAGGCUUUGACGUUACCGGAGAUUUAUAGGAGUUUGGAGAAUUCGUAUCCUUACUUUAAGGUUCGGGCGGAGACUACUGGGUGGCAAUCUUCUGUACGACAUAAUUUGAGGGGAUCUGGAGAAGGUGGUGGAUCGAGUUUGUUUAAGAGGGGGCCUAGGUCGGGUAAAGGGUAUAUAUGGGAACUGGUGGAAGGUGCCAAUAUCGAUAAGGAACGGAAGAAGAGGAAGCCGGUUACGGGAAGUCCGCAUCCGGCGCAGACAGCUAUUCAGUCUGCAGCUGGACAGAUGGUACCAUCGGGAAGCUGGGGGCAAGGAAGUACUGCUGCUACUGCUGCUGGGCAUUAUGGCCAUCCGAAUCAGUUUGCGCAGCAAUACCAGCCGGUUCAAGGUGGAAUUCAGGGAUAUGCGCAGACAACCUAUCAAGCUGCGCCUACGCCGUCUACGCCGGUUGUUAAUAGGGCGCCUUCUUCGAAUGGUGGAUCUGUUACACCGAGGGCGGCGGUUCAUAUUGUGGAUGGUGUGGUUUCUCAACACCGUCCUGCGCCGACGCCAGCGCUUACUCCGCCGACUUGGAAUCCAUCGCAACAACAGCAGCAGCAGCAACAACAACAGCAACAGCAACCGAAACCUGUUCAUACAGCUACCCAUACGACCCAAAUUCCUCAGCAGAUGCGAUCCGCCGUUUCUGUUCAAACUCAGGCACCUGUCCGACAAAUUGUUGCUCCGACAGCUCCUCAACCUCCAAAAGUUUCUAUACAUACCGUACCGAUGGCUCCUCAACCUGCUCAUGGAGUUCCUGCUAACCGUCCAGUUUCUGGCAUUACAACGGCUUCUACCGUUCCAAAACCUUCGACAUCGAUGGCUGUCGAUAGCAAGGCUAAAGACCUUCUGGACAACCCGAUUUUCCUCAACAUAAUGAAAGAGCAUAUUCGGAAGAACCCUACGAAUAACAUCAAUUCGCCAGAAGUACGUAGAGCGCUUUGGGCCGAGUUCAAGAAGACAAGCGGUUCUAAGGCUCCCUUGAUGAAGAGUGCGAUACCGAAGGCGCCGAUUCCGAAGCCUACUGUUACUGCUGGAGCUCCGGUUGUUGGACAAGUUACUGCCGCAGAUGCAGCGCAGUUGAGGACUGGAGUGGCGACGCAGCCUGUACGUAGUGUUAUCAGUGCUCAGUCUGCUGCUUCAGCUCCAAUUCCUGUCGCCAAACCCGUUCAACAAGUUCCGAUUGUACAGAGGGUUUCUACUCUUACUCAACAACAGCAUCAAUUGCAGCAUCAACAACAGCAACAGCAUCAACAGCAGCAGCAGCAGCAACCACAGCAAGCUACAACCGCUGCUACACCUGCAGCUGCUAAACCCGCGACUGCCAGCUCAUUACCUCAACGGACGAAUGCCCUCUUGACGGGUCUUAAGCUUGACGCGAAGAAGAGGCUGGAAUUCUUGCAAGUUCUGAAGAAUGCGAAGGAGAAGAAGGCUGCUGAAGCUAUGGGGCAAGCGAAGAGUGGGGCUGUUAAGAGGGUCGCGGAGGGAGUACCGGAAGGGAGCCCGGUUGUUAAAAGGAUGGUUGUUGAAGGGCAGCAAUAG